AUGGAAUUGAAUUUGAUCAAUUCAUGCAAUGGUCUUAUUUAUGUGGAUAAUCCAACAACGAAAGAGCGCUAUGCUGCGGUUGCUAAAGAAGCACGAGAAGAAUUAAGAAAAAAAUUAUUGGCAUAUUUGAUAAGUGACUGUGGCAUCUACCUUCCAGUUAAUUUAGCAGAGCUAAGUGAAAGCGUG